GCGCUGCUGUUCCACACCCGAGCCUCGCCCGCUGCUUAUAACCCGACCUGCUGCCUGGCCCCGAGCUGCGAGCUGCGCAUCUGCACUCCUUCCCGCCAGCCGCGACGCUCCAAACUUCUGCCGCCGCGCGCCGCUGCCGUCAUCGCCCGCCAUGCCCAAGGAACACAAGAAGCGCGGCCGCCGCGACGAGCACAAGAAGCGCAAGCGGGACCUCGACGACGACGCCAGUGCCAAGCGCCAUAAGCACGACGACGCCGGCCCGCUCGCCGCUGCCGACGACGCUGUCCAGCAACUUGCCAACGGCCAGGCCAGCCGCCCGGAUGACACACCCUUCUAUGGAAUGCUCGACGAGCAGGAGCUCGAGUACUUCCGCAAGGCAGACGAAAUGCUCGAGCUCAACCAGUUCGAGAGCGCCGACGACCGCGACAUCUUCCUGGCCAGCGUGUGGAAAGAGGCCGACGGCAAGGAAUUGAAGAUUGCAAACAGCCAGUCCUCCCGCCUGCUCGAGCGCCUGAUUCUCCUCUCCUCUCCAGAACAGCUCAAGAGCCUGUUCCAGAAAUUCAGCGGACAUUUCCUCAACCUCGUCCAGAACCGAUUCGCCUCCCACUGCUGCGAAGCCCUCUUCAUACAAGCCGCCCCCGUCGUUACCCAAGAGACUGUCAAGCCAGAGACUCUGGAAACUCCGCCGUCUUCCAACCCUGACCAUGUCCACGUCUCCAUGGAAAAUCUUUUUCUCUUCACACUGGCCGAGCUCGAGGGAUACAUGGGCUUCUUGAUGACAGACAAAUACGCCUCACACGUGCUGCGCGUACUCCUCAUAAUCUUGUCGGGUGCGCCGCUAGAGAAGCAGACCAAGUCGGUCACGCAGAGCAAGAAGAAAGAAAAGGUGACCGUCUCUGGCGCAGACAAAACACAAGAGCGUAUCCUGGAGGAGAGACAAGUCCCCCAGUCUUUCCUCGACGCCUUGGAAAAAGUCAUCAGUGACAGUGUUUCCGGCAUAGAAUCGCACUAUCUUCGCACACUGACCACACAUGCCCUUGGCGGCCCCACUCUGCAACUGCUGCUUAAACUAGAGCUCUCGCAUUUUGGAAAGUCUCGGGCCAAGGACGAAAAAUCAAUCAUACGCCGACUUCUUCCCGAUAACCCUAUUGCUGAAGGAACUGAGAGCGCUAUCCUCAUCAAUGGACUAGUAUACGACGCUGUCGGCUCCCGUCUUCUAGAAACUAUCAUUGAAAAUGCGCCAGGCAAGGUGUUCAAGUCCAUCUACAGCGAAUUCUUCAAAGAGCGCAUGGGCAGCUUGGCACGUAACGAGAUUGCAGGCUACGUAGUAGGUAAGAUUCUCGAGAGGCUCGGCAAGGAUGACCUCGAAGAAGCCAUGCGCCAGAUUGUCGACCAGAUUCCCAGCCUAGUUGAGCGCAACCGAACCGGCGUCAUCAAAGUACUUAUUGAGCGAUGUGUGGCACGAGAGGUGGACUGCUCGCCCAUCAAGGCGCAACUGGAAGCUGCUUAUGCCGGUUCCAACGGCUUCGAAGUGACGCGCAUCCUCCGACUAAGCGAAGAUGACGGAAAACCGCGUGGCAGACACGACCACUCACCAGAAAAGGUGCAUGGGUCCUUGUUAGCACAGACUAUGAUGACGGUCGACGGGCCGCUUGGCCAACUCGUCUUUGACUCUCUUGCAAACCUCUCACCCGAGCUCGCCACCCAACUGGCUCGUGACCCCACAGCAUCUAGGACGCUCCAAGCAGCGUUGAUGUCGAAGAAUGCGUCCGUCAUUUUCCGCCGCAAGAUGAUCCAGCAGUUCUAUGGGAAGAUAGGUGAGCUCGCGCUUGACCCGGCCGCAUCACAUGUCAUCGAUGCAAUCUGGCAAGGCACAGCUGGUCUGGCCUUUAUUCGCGAGCGCAUCGCCGAGGAGCUGGCUGAAAACGAGAGCUCCCUGCGCGAGUCUCACGUCGGGCGUGCCGUCUGGCGCAACUGGCGCAUGGAUCUCUACAAGCGCAGACGCAACGACUGGGUCACACAGUCACGUUACACGGCCGGCAACCAGGGCUUCCAAUCAUUUCCCGAGGGCAAUAUCGAAACGCCUCUCAAUCACAAAUCAGGCCGCCAUCUUACAGCCAUUGAGCUGGCCAGGCAAAAACAUGCAGCUGCCAAGGCUGCACAAGGAAAAGAUGGUAAGAAGCCCAAAAAGGGGAGCAGCGUAAGCAGCGGAAGUAGUAGCAAAGGCAAUGGUGUUGUGGCGCAAUAAAAGGGUGACAUUGCCCAUGUGGCGUGCGACUUUUCUUACCUUAGGCAAGAAUCUAUAAAAUGGUUGCUUCGUUGAUUCGGGCGUUAUACAGGGCGGAACUCAAUGAGUGUGUUUUGGUUUGAUAGUUCUAGAUACCUUACUGGUGGCAUAAUCUGCAUGUGGCAUUUCGUAGUGGGAGGAUUAGUUUGAGGAAAGAUCCAUG